CUGCGCCUGCGCACUCUAUUCUUGAACAAACGCCGCGCUGAGAAAUUUGUCCCAGAUGGCUUACCAUCUGUUUCCAAGGCAACCCAGGAGCCUCCUGGCAACGGCACGCGGCCUACGCGGGUCUCCCGGCCCAGCGGUGCGAUGGCUGCUGCGAGUCCCAGCGUCUUCCUGCUCAUGGUCAACGGGCAGGUGGAGAGUGCCCAGUUUCCAGAGUAUGACGACCUCUACUGCAAGUACUGCUUUGUGUAUGGCCAGGACUGGGCCCCCACAUCGGGCCUGGAGGAGGGGAUCUCACAGAUAGCAUCCAAGAGCCAAGAUGUACGGCAAGCUCUGGUGUGGAACUUCCCUAUCGAUGUCACCUUUAAAAGUACCAACCCCUAUGGCUGGCCACAGAUCGUGCUCAGUGUGUAUGGACCAGACGUGUUUGGGAACGAUGUGGUCCGAGGCUACGGAGUGGUGCAUGUACCCUUCUCUCCUGGACGGCACAAGAGGACCAUCCCUAUGUUUGUGCCGGAGUCUACAUCUACUCUGCAGAAGUUCACAAGCUGGUUCAUGGGACGGCGGCCAGAGUACACAGACCCCAAGGUGGUGGCCCAGGGUGAAGGCCGAGAAGUGACCCGUGUCCGCUCUCAGGGAUUUGUCACCCUCCUCUUCAAUGUGGUAACCAAGGACAUGAAGAAGCUGGGCUAUGACACUGGGCCUGUGGACACACAAGGAGUCCUGGGUUCCAGCCUGCCACAGGGCAACCCACAAUGAAAGCAUCAGCUUUUCUGUCCACCACCGUGGCCCCGGGACCCCAUAGCCCACAGAUAAUCAAGGACUCAAGCAGCCUGACUGGGAAGUUGGAGAGUUGAAGAUAGUUUUCUAUAAUAAAGUUUCACAUUUUUUCAGAAA